AGCUCCUUCCGUGUGCGCGCGUGCCCAUCUUUUCCUCUUCCACUCCCCUUUUUCUCUUCCUUCCACGGCCACUGUUUUGGUCCCAGUGAGAACCAGGGGGAACCCAUUGUUGUGAGGCCGACGGGAAAGGGAAGAGAGAGGGCAGCGAUUCUCUCCACCCCCCGCCGCCGCUUUUUUAAGUCUCUGCCUUGCCAUUAGCAAAGACCAGGGCAUGCUCAGUAGGAGCCAGCACCGGCUAGGAAGCAGGCUGUGACUCUACACCACCCCCUGCCUCUCUUUCUUGCGUCAGAUUAAUGUUCCGGGGAGGGGGUGGAUGGGGGGAGUGGAGAAGGAACCACGCGCGGUUUGCCCGGGGGAGGAGCGGAAGGGCUGCUGGGGCAGAAGGAGCGGCUUAGAACGCUGAGCUGGCCCUGUGGAACGUUGAAGCUUCUCUUUUGGAACGUUCGUACACUUUGGAACAUUCGUGGUUUCCUGCGGCGCGGAAGCGAGGCCCGACCUGGUUCUCUAAGGAGCAGCGGCUCCAGGGAGACGGGAGGUGUUGUUUUGAGUCCCACUGGCGGGGCCCUGCGGGGGUUCGGUGAACAAAUCAGCUCGGUGUCCGCAGUUCGAUGGUUUGUUCCGACCGAGAUGAGCCGCCCGUCCUCCGCCGGACCCAGUGCUAACAAACCUUGCGGCAAGCAGCAGCACACGCCGUCGCCGGCUGCUGCCCCCGCCGCUGCCGCCAGCACCGCCGUCGCCACAAUCUCGGCUGCCGGAGCCGGUACCUCUGCGGUUCCUGCCGCAACCGCUGUGAUCUCAAGCCCUGGAGGAGGCGAAGGCAGCGGAGGGCCGGUCUCGCCUCAACACCAUGAGCUGACCUCGCUUUUCGAGUGCCCGGUUUGCUUCGACUAUGUGCUGCCCCCGAUCCUGCAGUGCCAGGCCGGGCACCUCGUGUGCAACCAAUGCCGGCAGAAGCUGAGUUGCUGCCCCACGUGCAGGGGAUCCCUGACCCCCAGCAUCAGGAAUCUGGCCAUGGAGAAAGUGGCCUCGGCCGUCCUUUUCCCUUGCAAGUAUGCCACCACAGGCUGUUCUCUGACACUCCAUCAUACGGAAAAGCCAGAACACGAAGACAUUUGUGAAUAUCGCCCUUACUCCUGCCCAUGUCCUGGCGCCUCUUGCAAAUGGCAGGGCUCAUUGGAAGCUGUCAUGUCUCACCUAAUGCAUGCCCAUAAGAGCAUUACCACUCUUCAAGGAGAAGACAUUGUCUUCCUUGCCACAGACAUUAACUUGCCGGGAGCCGUUGACUGGGUAAUGAUGCAGUCCUGCUUCGGCCAUCAUUUCAUGCUGGUGCUGGAGAAGCAGGAGAAGUAUGAGGGCCAUCAGCAGUUCUUUGCCAUUGUCUUGCUCAUUGGCACCCGCAAACAAGCAGAGAACUUUGCAUACAGACUCGAACUGAACGGCAACCGGCGGAGGCUGACUUGGGAGGCUACACCACGUUCCAUCCAUGAUGGUGUGGCAGCAGCCAUCAUGAACUGUGACUGUCUCGUUUUUGACACUGCCAUAGCACACCUUUUUGCAGACAAUGGAAAUCUUGGGAUCAAUGUGACUAUUUCUACUUGUUGUCCGUGAUAUUUCUAUGUAAUUAGUGAGACCAUGUUGUUGCCUGGACAUAGUGCUUUUAUGUUUUACUUUUAAAAAAAAUGGUAUUAGACUAACCCUAUUCAUGUCUUCCCUUGCACGCUAUUAACAAUUGCAGGAGGGGAAAACAGGAGUGUAGCCCCGGCCCCACCUGUAGUACUGUCAUGGCCCUACUAUCACACAUUGGGAGGUGGACAUCUGUAUUAAGGAGCCAACUGUACAGAUGUAGGCUCCCUUUAUAGCAGCCUUUCCCAACCGGUGUGGCUCCAGAUGUUGUUGGACCACAACUCCCAUCAGCCUCAGCCGUUGGCAAUGCUGGCUGAGGCUGAUGGGAGUUGUGGUCCAACAACAUCUGGAGGCACACUGGUUGGGAAAGGCUGCUCUAUAGUGUGGAAGCCUUUGUAAUUGUUAACAGCGUGAGGGGGAAUGGGCGAGUGGGACUUGUCUCCAUAAUUUAUAGAGUUCUUUCUUAACAGGCCAUUUUGUAUUCUAUCUCUCUCUCUCUCUCACACACACACACACACACGCACACACCUACCUACCCUGGAGUUUUAAAAGCACAGUUACUAGAACAGUUAAACUGGUGUAGUAUGAGUUUUUCCUCUUAAUCUGAAAGGAAAGGACAAGUUUUAUUUUUAAGAAAUACCAUUGUCUAUGUUUUUAGAGGUGAAGACAAUUCCUUUUUAUUGAAAAGCAAAGGUUUCUUUGACAUAAUGGAAUUUGAAGAGCAGAUGGGGUGGCGGUACAGAUCGUGUGCUUUGGCAGUUUGCACAUGAAGCAGAAUGAGAUGGUUGACUUCUUGCGUGUUAAGUGCACUGGACUACUUCAGACUGCAUAUGGGAGUACUGUUUCUUUUAAGCCUCCUUGUAUAACUCACUAUAAGUAGAAACAUGGCAUAUCAGAGCAGUUCUAGCUCAGCUUCUGCCUGUUGUAGCAGGUUUUGUACUUGUAGGGACUUUUUUUGAAAAAAAAUGUGCAAGACCUUUCAAAAACAUGGUUUGUCAGUUACAGCCUGAAAUGGUACCACCUCAUUCUGCUGCAUUUGUGUGUGAGGCCAAAUAAACUCCUCGCAUGGAAAAGGCUCUUGAUGAUCUUCACAAUUGGCCUUGUAACAAAACAAAAAAGAUAUAACAUUUGGCGUAUGGGAGUGGGAUGAUUUGCUUUACUUCUCAAAGAUGUAGGAGAACUUUGGAGACUUAACCGUUGCACAAAAUGACACAAACGUGUACUUUCACACACAAACCGAAGGUACGCUUGUCAGCUGGUUGCUGCCUCCGUUUUGUCCUUGUUUUUCAACAGUGCUUGUUCCCAAAAAAGUUCAGUGCACCUGCAAAAUGUUUGACCCCUUCAUCUAUCCAUCCAUUUCAGCAAGAGCUGAAGAGGCUCAACAUUUUGUGAAAGCUGCUUAGUUAAUGUGGUGACAAAAACAAAGAUGUGUUUUGAGCAGUUUUUAAAAAUAGGCCCUACCUAUAAAUAUAUCCAGGUUGUUUGGCGUACUUGAUAUUAAAAUUGUAAAGGCUGUCUUUGAAUAACACAAGGAAGAGCAAUGUGCCGAUAUGUCUUGUCUUUUUUGCUAUUUAAGUUUUUUUUGUUGCCAUAUUUACUCUAGUUUUUUAAAUAAAUAUUUUGCAAAAAUAA